AGGUCCACAAUCAGUUGAACAAUCAACGGCCACACCGUCAGAACCACCGUGCACGGCCGAAACGCCGCCCACGCGUUUCCCCAUUUCGACCUCCCCUGGCUAGAUUUCGCCGCCGAGUAUCUGACACAUAUGCCACCCGUCACCCGCCACGCGUCGGCCAGGAAUUAUUACACACAGUGGCCUGGUUUUGUAAACGACUCUGACAAGGAUGAUUCGCGCCCCCUCUUGUGAAGAAAACUGCCGGGAUUAAGCUUCGUACGCCACCUGCGCACCGUAGAGCCCGUCGCCUCUGAUUUUCACCCAUGGCCAUGUCAAGAUCUUUGGCAGCUUCGUAUGCCAGGAGACUUACGCAUUCACUUCUCGUAGGCCAGAAGCCCAGCUGUUCGGAAAUAAACAAUGCUGGGGCUAAAUUUACGGUCGGGCUCCCUUACUUCGUGUGCAGAUUGUAUUCACAAUAUAGACUUUCUAAUACAGGAUUCACUUCAUACAUGUUAUUCAAAAAUAAGGAGAACUUGUGGAAUAGUACUAGUUUUAAGAACUUUUUUAUCCUUUCAGCAAGUAAAACAAUUUCAGACCAUGCUCAAAUUGCCUGGAAAAGGCUUGCUCAGAUAUGUGCUUACAAUGGGCCUGUUUUACCACCAAUAAGUCGGAUUGCUUGUGCAGUGAGCCUUGCCUUAACCCGAUCACAAGUGAUAGCUCCUGGUGUUUUUGCCUUAGUCAUUGGAGAGCUAGCUUGGACACAAAGAACAUGGGCAGAGGCAGAAUGCUUCCCAACAGGCAAUUCUUUGUACAUGCAUGCACAAGAUGGGCAUGUUUACCUGACUUCAGUUGUGUACUCACUAGUAGAGUGUUUGAUAUUGUUUCUCAGAGCUAUAUAUUUAGCAAUUUUGUUCUCACCCUGCAUAGUUAUGGCUCCUUUUGCGGAUCAACUUGGCAUUGAGUUCAGAAAGAAAUGGCUUCGCAUUGUCCAUCUUACAUUGGAAAAGGCAGGCCCAGCAUUUAUUAAAUGGGGUCAGUGGGCCGCAACUAGGCCUGAUCUCUUCCCCAGGGACUUAUGUUCUGAGCUGGCAAAACUUCACACCAAAGCACCUGCGCAUAGCUAUGCCCACACCAAAAGAACUAUUGAAAAGGCAUUUGGCAGGAAGUUGCAUGAAAUUUUUGAAAACUUUGAAGAGGAACCUGUAGCGUCUGGAAGUGUUGCUCAAGUUCACCGAGCUAAUUUAAGAUUUCAAUAUCCUGGCCAACACAUUAAGCCCAUGCUGGUUGCUGUGAAGGUUAGACAUCCAGGUGUUGGUGAAGCUAUUAGAAGGGAUUUCGCAUUAAUUAAUUUGGCUGCAAAAGUGUCAAAGUUCAUGCCCACAUUGAAAUGGUUGAGACUGGAUGAAAGCAUACGACAGUUUGCUGUUUUCAUGAUGUCUCAAGUUGAUCUUGCAAGGGAAGCAGCUAAUUUGAGUCGUUUCAUUUACAAUUUCCGCAGAUGGAAGGAUGUCUCAUUCCCAAAACCUUUGUAUCCCUUGGUUCAUCCAGCUGUUUUAGUGGAGACAUAUGAGCAAGGUGAAAAUGUUCUAUACUAUGUUGAUGAGCUCAAAGGACAAGAGCACAUCAAAUGUGCCCUUGCUCACAUCGGGACUCAUUCACUUCUAAAGAUGCUUCUGGUAGACAAUUUUAUUCAUGCAGACAUGCAUCCUGGAAAUAUUCUUGUUAGAACAUCUCGAAAUAGGGCUCCAAGUAAACAGCUAUUUAAACCAAGGCCUCAUGUUAUUUUCCUAGAUGUAGGCAUGACUGCUGAACUUUCUAGGAAGGAUCAAGUCACUUUGCUGGAGUUCUUUAAGGCUGUAGCGCUUCGAGAUGGUCGCACUGCUGCAGAGUGCACGCUUAAAUUGUCUAAACAACAGAACUGCCCAAACCCAGAGGCUUUCAUCAAGGAGGUUGACCAAACUUUUAGCUACUGGGAUACCGAGGAAGGGGGUUCUUUUCAGCCUGCUGAGUGCAUACAACAAAUGCUUGAGCAAGUUCGGCGACACAGAGUAAACAUUGAUGGUGAUGUCUGCACUGUGAUGGUAACCAUGUUGGUCCUAGAGGGAUGGCAAAGAAAGCUCGAUCCAGAGUACGAUGUGAUGCACACACUUCAAACAUUGCUAUUCAAAGCUGACUGGGCAGAGUCUCUCUUCUACACAAUCGAAGGACUCAUGGCGCCCUAAAAGGUGCAUCCCUGUUUCAUUUUUGCUCAUACAAUUUUCAUGUACUAUUUAGAACAAUGAGAAGCAAAUUGCCAUUCUGGAAAUAAGGAUAUGUGCACAAAAGUCCUGCGAGAAAAGUUUUGUGUUGGGGGUCUAUUUUUUUUCACAACUUUUGUGCUUUAAUGAUUAGUGGGGAUACCCUCCUUGUUUGCUACAU